UUUAAUAAACCUUGGGUCAUGAACCAAAACAAUUUCUAAAAAUAAUUCCAAUGGUGAUAUUAAUAACAACUAUUUCUUAUCGCAUUCAACAGUGACCUUCCCAUUACAAAUCGCAUUAGUUAGCUGACGCCUAUGAGCAGCACGUGUCCGAAAUAUUCACGCGCGGUCACCACAAGUCGUCCUGCGUAAAGUGCGCCCGUGACGAAUCGUAGCAGGAAUGGUGCUCAUGUUUUUCUCUGACUCACUGAAAUUCCGGCCUAAUAUUACAAAUUAAAUUAAGCGAUGUCAGGAGAUUCCAAAGGAUGUGUUAUAGCUUUGGACAUAGGGACCACAAAAAUCAAAUGUCAAAUACUCAACGAAUUUGUAACUCCAGUAGGAUCAGCGUAUAGAAAUGUCAAACUACUUUACCCAAAACCGGGAUAUGUUGAAAUUAGUCCAGAACAGUUAUGGGAUGAUAUUCUGUUUGUAAUUAAAACAGCCAUAUCCGAUGGAUGCAUUAGUAUACAAGAUGUAAAAUCAAUAGGCAUUUCAACACAACGUGCCACCUUCAUUACAUGGAGAAAAUCAAAUGGAAAAACUCUUCACAAUUUUAUCACAUGGAAAGAUAUGAGGACUAAAUCGUUUGCUAAAGACGUCAAUAAAUAUUGGACCAUUAGGAUACUCAAAUUUGCGGCAUUCAUCGCGCAUUUCUUUACUAGGAACACUAAAAUGUUUGUAGCGAGUAGGCUUAAAUUUAUGAGUAACCACACAUCAAUAAGAUUAAUGUGGUGUCUACUAAAUAUGCCGGAUGUUAAACAAGCCCUUAGCGAAAACGACAUUAUGUUUGGAACGCUGGACACAUGGCUCCUGUACAAACUGACCAAUUGCCAAACUUACGUUACGGACAUAUCGAAUGCCAGCGCAACGGGUUUAUUCGAUCCGUUCACGUUAAAAUGGGGAAUCAUGACCACACUUCUGAACAUACCGAAAGAAAUUCUACCCGAUGUUGUAGAAAAUAACUAUAAUUUUGGAGAUGUGGACCCAUCAAUUCUUGGAAGGUCCAUUAAAAUUGGAUGUGUGAUUUCGGAUCAGUCAUCUUCAAUGUUAGGAGCCUGUUGUUUUAGGAAGGAUGAUAUAAAGAUAACUUUGGGUACUGGUGCCUUUCUCAAUGUGAAUACUGGCAAUUCCAUACACGGUAGUUCUGGGGGCAUGUACCCUCUAGUUGGUUGGGAAUUCAAAAAUGAGCAAGUCGCAUAUCUAUCUGAGGUGCCCUGUAACGAUUCCGGUUCGCUAAUUGAAUGGGCGUUAGAAAGUGACUUGAUUGAGUCCACAGAUGACUUAACUAAAUUGAUUGCCAGAACUGAAGAUAACGGAGGAGUCUAUUAUAUCGCUGCCUUUAGUGGUUUGGGGCCUCCCAUAAACGAUGAACAAGCCACUUCGGGUUUUAUGGGAAUCAAACCAACUACCCGUAAGGAGCAUUUGAUCAGAGCCAUACUGGAGAGUAUAGUAUACAGAGUAGCGUUGACUGUAAAUCAUUUGAUUUCAGAAAGACCUGCAAAGUAUGAAAAACUAAGAGUUGAUGGAGGCGUAUCAAGAAAUGACUUUAUAUGCCAAAUGUUGGCUGAUAUAACAGGGUUAAAGAUUGAAAGAUUGGCGUCCACUGAUUUAUCAAUAAUUGGAGCUGGUUUUUUGUCUGGAAUUUCAUGUGGUUUAUGGGAAAAUCAAACUGACCUCAUGAAGUAUAUUAAAUUGGAGAAGACUUUUGAUCCUUGCCAUGACGAAUUCCGUAGAAGAAAAUAUGCUGAAGAAAUGAAUAAAUGGUUGAAGGCAGCAUUACGAUUUAAAAACUGGAAUGAAGACAAUUGUUAAUAUGUAGUAUGCACUUUUAUAUAUUAAGUUAGACUCAAGUUUCUUAAAUUACUGUUUUUAUACACUAGAAAAAAUUGUUAUUUAGUUUAUAUAUUUGUAUUAAUAUAUUUUUAAAAAUAUAUACAUAAAAGUAUCAA